AUUAAAAUGAAACUACUCAUUGCAUUGAUUGCUCUGAUUGCUUUCUCUACGGCAGCUAAUAUCUAUGAGGAAGAUGGAAACAUUAAGUUCGAUGUUGACAUGGAUCAAACUUCUCCAAUAAGCUUUGCUGUUAAAGGACAGAUGAAUCCCUUGGACGACACUCAAAAUAAGAUUACAGCUUUCUUAAAGUUGGCAAAUGAAUAUAUCCCAAUUUUAGAAAACCUCUCCAAGGACCAAACUGUUCUGAGGUAUCAACACACAUGGCAUUUUAAUAAUAUUCCAGGAAUUGACCUUACCUUCUAUUGGUUCUUUGAUCUUAUCAUCGGAUGGACUGUCACACCAGGAGAUGUAGCUGAGAACUUCUAUGAGGUAACUUAUAUGCCUUUUGCUUGGGGAACCACCUACGGUAGACUCAAUGGAACAACUUGGCCUGCCAUUGGAUACAUCAGACUUGGAGUUGAAUAUCUUGACUUCAGAAUGCCAACUGCUUUUACCCUAUACAGAGAUGGAAAAGUUUGUUUUGAUAGCUCCUACAUCGUCACCCCAAUCCAUGUCAGCAGUCAGCUAGGAGGCGCUUUGAGAGAAUGCAAGGCUGAGAUCCUUGAUGAAAUUCUCAACCAACAAGCAAUUACUCUCGGAUGUAGCUAUGUCCAAGAUAUAGAUAUCCUCUUCUUGGAUGAAGAUCUCACAAGUAGAGUUGAGCAUCAAAUCAUUGGAGAGACCUGUAUCGGAUUUUAAAGAACUACUUUGUUUUGUCAAGAUUUACUCUUAA